AUGGCUCGAUCUGUAUUGCAGGAUGUAAACUCAAAAUCUAGGCAUAUACAUGGAGUAGCGGUAGCCGUAUCAGUGUUAUUCCUGUCUCUCAUCACUUCUUCGUUCUCUGAAAUCAUCUUUGAAGAGCGUUUUGAAGAUGGCUGGCAGAGCAGGUGGGUCAAAUCUGAUUGGAAAAAAAGCGAAGGGAAAGCAGGUUCAUUCAAGCAUACGGCUGGACAGUGGGCUGGGGACCCUGAUGAUAAAGGUAUUCAGACAUCUGCUGAUGCCAAGCACUUUGCAAUUUCUGCAAAGAUACCGGAAUUCAUUAACAAGAAUAGGACAUUGGUCCUACAAUAUUCUAUAAAGUUUGAGCAGGACAUUGAAUGUGGUGGUGGUUACAUAAAGCUUCUCUCUGGGUUUGUUAAUCAAAAGAAAUUUGGCGGUGACACUCCUUACAGGUUCGUUUCUUACUGCAUGAUUUUACCUGUAUAG